GAAUUCAGCCGUGUCUCUGCCUACAAAUCCAGGAAUGAUGAUUUCAGAAGAGUGCCUCCUAAACUCACAGUGUCCUUACCAAGUUUUACCCCUCAGAAGAUCAACAAAGAUCAGCUUUAUCAACAGUUUGGUUCUCUGUCAGCGUCAUCUAUCAAAACAGAAGAGCACGGCUACACCAUGGAAUUUCCCGGUGCUGAGUCCUCUCCCCUGGACAGACCGCUCAUUGAUGUACCACGGAUCAUCACACAGAUAGACACCGAGUAUAGAGUAUUACGCAGUGUGUUCUGUCUGAGUGAUGAGGAGAUGUGGACGUGUAGUUAUGAUGACAACAUCAUGAGACUGUACAACCUCAGUGGGGAACUAGUGAAGUCAGUCCAAACCAAGUCAGGGAACGGUCCAUGGGACAUAGCAGUGACAAGGAGUGGGGAUCUAGUUUAUACUGAUUACAAUGAUAGAACUGUGAACAUAGCGAAUAAUACACAGAUACAGACAGUGAUCAGACUACGGGGGUGGAUACCUCACGGUGUCUGUAGUACCUCCUCUGGUGACCUCCUAGUUGUCAUGGACAGUAAUGAUGAUAAACAAACAAAAGUUGUGCUUUACUCUGGCUCCACAAAGAAACAAAGUAUUCAGUACGACGACAAAGGACAACCUCUCUAUUCCUCUGGUGGAUACAAUAAAUACAUCAGUGAGAACAGGAACCUAGAUAUCUGUGUGUCAGACUAUUGGGCCAAAGCAGUAGUGGUGGUCAAUCAGGCCGGGAAACUCCGGUUUACCUACACUGGUCCUCCUUCUACUACCAAGGGAUCAUUUAGUCCAUACAGCAUCACAACAGACAGCCAGGGUCGGAUCCUGACAGCAGACAAUAACAACCAUCGUAUCCACAUCCUGGAUCAGGACGGACAGUUCCUCCGCUACAUUGACAACUGUCAUUUACAGAAUCCAUGGGGUUUAUGUGUGGACACCAGAGACAACCUCUUUGUGGCUGAGCACUACACAGGUAAAGUGAAGAAAAUACAAUAUAACAUGUAAACAAACUGUCUUUAUAAUGUUCAAACUAUUUGUUUAUUUAUUUACAUGUAACAUUAGUGAAGACAUCCAUAUUACAAAUGAAACAAACCGUGUUAUAUAAUAAUCAAAUGGUUCAUGAUAUUGAAUUACAUUUAAAUAAAGUUCUCAACUGACAACAGCUAAAUAUUACAUGUAAAUAACAUGAAUAAAUUAAACUUGUUUGAUAACAUGUUUACAUGUCAACAAUCUGACUGUAUUACAUCUUGUAUGUGAACAAACUACAUGUACCUGUAUGUGUUUACAUUAUAUAUGUCAACUUACUGAUUGUUUUAUGUAUUGGAUGUUAACUGUGUUUAUGUAUUGGGUGUGUUGUCAACAGACCAAAUGUGGUACAUAUUUGAUACUCCAAACAUUGCGUGCAAUCAAACGGAGUGUGUAAUAUUAUUAUAUUUAAUAUAUGUUAAAUUUGAAUACAAUGUAUAUUGUUUAUAUGUGUAUAUUAAAUAAUAAAUGUAAAUAAACUGUAUAAUUAUAAA